GUUAUCAGUUUAUGUAAAGUAGCGUCUUUGUGAUAAUCGUUUUGUCAGUUUUCGUAGAGCAGCGUCUUUGUGAUAAUCGUUUUUUUUACCACAAAAUCCACCAUGGGAUCAUCUUACUCUUACUUGGAAGCAGAAAAAUUCACUUGGAACUACCACUGCAUGUUGUUCGAUGAAGAUAUACGUAUCACCAAUUUGAAUCUAAUCGAUAUGUAUUUUCCUGAUGAAUCAGACAUUUACAUGGGUAAACUUGAUGUAAACGUUGGCGGGCUACGCUACCAAGAUUUUUUUAUCACCGACACCAACAGAGCUCAUUUUAUAGAAUUGUCAGGCAAGUCGUCAAACAUACCGACUGCCUAUUGUACAAAACGUGUGCAAUUUAAUACAUUGCCGUACGAGGAAUACAACAUUUUUAAAACGACAAAAAUGACGCCAAUGAUAAAAGAACGAAUGACCCAAAUUAUGGGAAUGUGCAACUAUUCGUUAUGUCUGAGGAAUAGUGAACACGUGGCAAACUACAUCUUCUCCGGAACGUGGGCUAGUUUUCAAAUGGAAGAAGGCGGAGUUUUGUCACCUUUUUUUAAAGAUAAGAUGACUAAAGAACAGCAGAAGCAUAUCAACAUUUUCCCGUCGUCUAUAUCACCAAAAACAGUAUCAGGUAGUAACUGUCGAAGACUUUACUCAAUGAUUGACAAACAAUAUACGCCGACUGGGUUUCACUACUUUUCCAAAGCAAAUGGUGGCAGCUAUAACAUUUUGGUCGUAGGACCAACGGGCGCUGGAAAAUCUAGAUUGAUCAACGUUCUAUUCAAUAGUCAAAUUUGUGACUCAUUGGUGAGCCAUCAAAGUGUGACGAGAGACGUUUGCUUUAUUGAAGGUAAUGCAGAAAUCGUCGAUUUACAAACGUUGAAAAAGGACGAAAAGAAAAUCGUCGUCGCGGAUACAGUGGGACUUUGUGACACCGAAUGGAGCGACGAUAAAAUCUUUGAAUUGUUGAAGGGACGAGUGAGUCGUUACUUUAAUUCGAUCAAUGCUGUUUUUAUUGUAUUUCGAGCCGAUCGGCUACUAAAGGAGCACGUUAAGAACAUUACCAUGGUGAUGGACUGGUUGCAGUACGAGCGUUAUCAUCUCAAUUUUAUGUUCGUCGGAACGUUCGCCGAAAAUUUGAAUGAUGAAGAGAAGGAAAAGUUGAAGGUGCAAGCGCGAAGUAUUUUAAAGCUGAAAGACACGAAAAUACCUGAAAGUAGUUAUGAGUCGCUAGUUUACGUUGGAUUUCCUCCAGAAGAACAUUUAAACGAAGCCGGUAAAAAUCAAGUAAAAGCAAGCUGGGAACUGUUACAACCUCUGAUGCGUCUCAAUGAAAAUGGUCAUCAAUUGAUCAACUACAAGGCUCAUGUAAAAAAAGCAAACGCUUGGGGAUCUUACAUAAAAUUGCCCAAACUUUCGUCCUCCUGUACAAUUUUGUAAGACUGUAUCUUGCUGUAAAAGAACUUAUUGCGUCCAUUUUGUAUUCUUAGAGUGGAAAAGUUUUAAAUAUACGAAAUGU